GUUAGAGAUCAUCUUCAAAGCUAUUGAUGAUUCUGGUGAUGGCAUCAUCACAGAGGCGCGAAUGAACGAGAUCCUUUCCAACCAGAAGAUUGCGGCAUAUUUUCAGACACUGGACCUAGAUGUUCAUGAAGGAGCGGCUUUGUUCCACCUCUUGGACAAUGGUGACGGAGAGGCCGCACAUUCCCAAAGAAGAUGGUAG